GUACACAUACAUGAGAGCAGCAUGUUGACCUCUGGUUCUUCGGUAUGUCUGUCAGUGGGCGCCGCUCUAGGCGUUCACCUAGGGAGCGCCUUUGUAGCGCCUUCGAUACCUGUCGGGCGUCAACCAAUUGCUUCUCCUCGAGCGUCUCAGGGUUUCACGACCAUGUCAGGUAAAGCUCUGAUCGCACAGAACAAGGGGGGUGGACAUGGUGAGCUUGGCUACCACCUAGCUCUCAAGCUGAUCGAGAAGGAUAUCUCUGUGACGCUGCUACAAGACGGCGCCGGCAAGAACAAGGACAAUCAACCGUUUGCAAGCUACGGAGAUUUGGAGAGCAAGGGGGCCACAAUCGUGUGGGGCGACUUUUCUGAGGGCGUAGGCAAGCUCAUCCCGGAAGGGGAGUCUUUCGACUAUGUAUUCGACAACUACGCGAAGGACGUUGACACCUGCAAAGACUUGGCAGACUGCUCCAAAGCAUGGGGUGUGAAGAACUACGCAUACGUGUCUUCGGGCGGCAUGUACAAGGACAGUGACGAGGUGCCGUUCACUGAAAGCAGCGACGUCAAGGAGAGCGGUCAGCGCCAGGUAGAGAAGUACGUCGCUGACUUGGGUCUGCCCUGGACAUCGUUCCGGCCACAGUAUAUCUAUGGGCCACUUACCAACAAGCGCGACUACCUCGAUUGGUUCUUCGACCGUGUCGUGCAUGGAUUGGAAUUUAUUCCACUGCCCUUGCACGGCGAUCAGCUCGUCGCCCUGACCCACGCGGAGGAUGUGGCAUCCAUGCUCGCUAGCGUCGUUGGGAACGAACGUGCCGUGGAUCAGGUUUUUAACUGCGCAUCUGACAGGUACAUCACGUACAACGGGCUCUUCCGUGAAGUCGGGAAGGUGGCGAAGCCCGCUGUCUCCAAGAUGGCGUACUACUACGAGCCUCGAGACUAUGACCUCAAAAAGGGCUGGUUCCCCUUCCGAAACAACCACUUCGUUGUCAACAGCGAAAAAGCGAAGCGGUUGCUCGGCUGGAGCCCAAAGCACACGAUCACGGAUGAUCUGGCGGAGUACUUCGAGGGGUAUAAGGCUGCUGGUAAGGUUGAGGCCGAGCCGAAUUUUCUCAAGGAUAAGCAGUACCAGGACAUGGCGACCGCGCGCGGGAAUCAGGCGUCUUGACGGCCCAUUCUGCGCCUUCCAAGUACCGCUGUAUGGUGACCCUGAACGUGUCUGCUGCUGCGCCUGUCUCCCAGGACGACGAGAUUAACAUGAGCUGGAAUAUGGAAUACGUGCCAUAUAUGGCGCGACUCGAGUAUCGCCGAAGAUUCCCAGACCUCGACGAAGAAUUGGCGGAGUUGGCGAAAACCUACCAGCCCGAGGAUCGUCAUUUCAACUCUGCCAUCUUAGAUUCAAUGAAAGAAGAAUACCGCAAUGCAUUCCCGGAUGAGCCCGAUAUUGGUGCAGAAGCACGGGCGCAGGAGCAGGCGGAGUACGACGCCUACAUGGCUGCCCACCCGGGAUUGAAAGAAAAGCUCAUUCAGCAGGAGGAGGAGGAAGCUGUUGCGAGUAUACCUGAAGAUGUAUUAAACCGGAUAGAGGGUAUGCUCAGUGAAGAAGACGACGGCACCGUAGUGAUGUUAGAUUAGACUCAAUGUCGGGAGGUAUCAACUGAUGCGGUUUCGUGUUGAUAACGACCUGGUUUACCAGUCUACGGCCUUCGGGACACUUCCCAACGCGAGCGUAUCUGAGUACGGAGUACCUGCCAGGGAUGCAAACAAGAUGCAAACCAGUAUCGUAUCAUGGAUGAGUACAAAAAAAAUCGAUCUUCUCGAUCCCGGCAUAAAAAUGGCAAAAGGCCCC